AGGGGACUGGGAACCUCUGGGUUUGAACAUGUCAGUCUAUUGCCUCUGAUCUCCCCGUGGGAUCUAGCGCAUCAGAAGUACCUAAGAGACAUGAGAGUCUGAUGAAGGAUGUGGUGGUACUCCUGGGACCAAAAGGAUGCAGUGGAAGAUUGAUGAUAAGCCUGUAAAAAUUGAUAAGUGGGAUGGAUCAGCUGUGAAGAACUCUCUGGAUGACUCUGCCAAAAAGGUACUUCUGGAAAAGUACAAGUAUGUGGAGAACUUUGGUCUCAUUGACGGUCGCCUCACCAUCUGUACCAUCUCCUGCUUUUUUGCCAUCGUGGCUUUGAUUUGGGAUUACAUGCACCCCUUUCCUGAGUCCAAGCCAGUUUUGGCUUUGUGCGUCAUAUCCUAUUUUGUGAUGAUGGGGAUUCUGACCAUUUAUACCUCAUAUAAAGAGAAGAGCAUCUUCCUUGUGGCCCACAGAAAAGACCCCACAGGAAUGGAUCCUGAUGAUAUUUGGCAGCUGUCCUCCAGCCUCAAAAGGUUUGAUGACAAAUACACCCUGAAGUUGACCUUCAUCAGUGGGAGGACAAAGCAGCAGCGGGAAGCCGAGUUCACCAAGUCCAUUGCUAAGUUCUUUGACCACAGCGGGACAUUGGUCAUGGAUGCAUAUGAACCUGAAAUAUCCAGGCUCCAUGACAGUCUCGCCACAGAAAGAAAAAUAAAAUAGCCACUUGUAAAAGCUCUCCUUCUGCUGGAUCAUACGACUCACUGGUGGGUAGGGGAGGAGACAGAAAGCUUAAGCUUGGUCAAGUAAGAAAUGUUAAAGAUGCCCCUGUCUAAUCCACCCUGGAUGAAUAGAGUUUUCUAGUUCAGAUAUGCAGUUGUCCCUUUGAUGGCUGUAGCCUCCCUGGUCUGCUGAGUGGUUUUCUGUUGCUUUCCUUAAGCGUUUUUGUAAGAGCUAAGCAUAUUUUUCCUUUGUGCUUAAUAGUACUUUAUGCAGUCUAGCUUUGUGCCAUGCAGCGUUUGAAUGCUCAGUUCUUAAGAACUACUAACCUUGCUGGGGCACAGUAGUGUUCACCCAGAAUCCCAGCACUUCCCAGGCUGAGGAAGGGGGAAUGAUGUGAGGCCAUCCUGGGCUGUAGAGCCAGGCCCUGGCUUGGGGAGUGGGCAUUGUUAACUUGUUGCUGACUUUGUGUUGACCCCUGCAUCAGCAACUAUUUCCUUAAAUCCAGGAUACAACUUGUUAAGUGUGACAGCUUUCCUUUACACACCAUUUUUGUGGGUGUAUAUAUAUAUUUGACUUGGGGAGAAUUAUUUUUUACAAAAAUACAAAAUAGCUUUUUAAUUUGUUUAAAAUAGACCUGCCUGUUACUUUUUGUGCUCUUAACCAAUUAAAGAAGCCGGUGGCAUUUUUUAGUUUUAUAUUCUCUGUUUUCCACUCGUAUGUUCCUGUUGAUUUGUGCCCUUUAUUAACUGCCAUUUUCUAAAAUUUUUUUCAAUAAAUGAAAGAAGAUGUGAAAAUGUGGAGUCUUGAAAGAAGGAACAGCACACACAGCACGUGCUCUACUUGGGUGGAGUCCCCUCUAGGCUGGCUCACUGUUUGUGGGCCCUUGAGAAUUCGGAGCCAGGGGCUUAGUUCUAGUGAUAGCAGUGACACUGGGCACAUCACAUGCAUUGGCUCGCUGAAGCUCACCCACAACAGUCCUAAGGCAGGCACUGUUGUCCUCACACAGGAGGAAGCUUAGGCAUGAAAGUUGACAGGCCACCAGAUGUUAUGUUCCUUCAGAGACAAAUUUCUCAACUUGGUCAGAGAACUGGGCAGUUUGAGGAGUCUAAUUCUAAGUCUAGUACCCCAAAUUAUAUUCCCUAUAUGAAAGCAUCCAGAGAGCAUCCAGAAUGUUGUCCUGUCUAGCACUACACAGUGAGACCACACUGCCAGAUGUUGAAGGCUUGGAUUCUGUAAGCCUAUAAGCCUGCCUAUAAUCCUUCGCUAAGUCAGUUCCUUGAGCUUCUAAUGCUGCCCCCACCCUUUCUUGUAAAAGCAACAGUGCAGCGCUGAGAAGGUGGCUCACUUAAUACAGUGCUGGUGUGCAAGCAUGGGAUCCCUAGUUUGGCCUUGAGAAUGCAUGUGAAGCGAAGCCAGCUGCUAGAGUUGUAAUCCCUCUGCUGGUGACAUGGGUACAGGGUGCUCUCUAGCAUCCUAGCCAGCCAGCCUCAAAGCCAGAGCUGGGGAGAUGACUGGGAGGGUGAAAUGCUUGCUGUGUAAGCAGCGGCGUCUGAGUUUGGAUCCCCAGAACCCACAUAGAAGCCAUGCAUGGUGAAGCACAUCUAACCCUUGUGCUAGGGAACAAAUCAAGGCAGAGGCUAGGGUCUUGCUGGCAGCCAGUCUGGCUGAAUUAGCAAGCUCUGGUGCAGUAAAAGCCCUGGUCUCAGAAGUCAGGCUGCAUAGAAAUGGAAGACCUGUACUGUCAGCCGCUGGCCUCCACAGGUGCAUAGACUGAUAAUCUAGGUCAGCCUCUGACCUCUGUGCGUGGGCACACAGGCACGUACACACAGGGUAAAGGUUCAAGUUCAGUGACCCACUUAAAGGUUUUGAAAGUGUUUGAUUAGAUAAUGACACUGGCACAGGGACAGUCACUAUUGUUAGGGAGGUUCCAGUGCUAGGAGAGGAGGCCGUGGUUACCGCACAGCUGCUCUACCCUUUGCUUCCCUUUGCUUUAUGUCUAUACAAAUAUAUCCUUGGCUUUGGGUUUGUACUUGUUAGGCAAAUGUUCUAACACUGACCUACUCCUCCAGCUCUCCAAACACAGAUUUAUAUAUGCGCCCCCUUAAAUAAACACUCCAACUAUGCUGGCA